AUGGACAAAAACGCGCCAAAAAUUGCCAUCCUCGGCGCUGGAGUUAUCGGUUUGACAGUUUCCAAAAUAUUACAAGAUGAACUUAGAAAUGCCGAUAUUACAAUUAUUUCGGACGAAUUUCGAGAGAACACAGUCAGUGACAUUGCUGCAGGGAUCUUCCGACCUGGCCUUAGCUUUCGGGGCCCCACGCAAGAGAUCACGAAACGUUGGAUCGAUAAGUCUUGGUACUUCUGGCAGGACAUACUCAAAACUCGGGAGGCUGAAGAAGCUGGUGUUUUAUCUGUCGGUUGCUAUAUAUUCUCCAAAGAAAACUAUCACGUUACAAGAAAUAGAUUGAUUGAGGACAUAGUGCCAAUUUACCGGGCAGUCGACAAGGACGAGUUGAAGAUCGUAAGCGAAGGUUGGAGGUAUGGAUCCUAUUUCACAACUGUAAAAACUGGUUGCGAUCGCUACUUACCCUGGAUGCAGAAAUCAUUUGAGGCUAAAGGCGGUAAAAUCAUUACAGGAAAGGUAGAAAGCUUUUCAUCACUACCUAAGUAUGAUUUAGUAUUCAAUUGCACGGGGAUGGGAGCGAAAUAUUUGUGCAAAGACGACGAUUUGGUUCCAAUUCGUGGGCAAGUCUUUAAGGUAAAGGCUCCAUGGUUGAAGACUGCUUUUUACGGCGAUUACGAUGCGUAUAUAAUUCCGGGACAGGAUGGUAUAGCAACCCUUGGUGGUGUGAGGCAAUAUGAUAGCUAUAACACCCAAGUUUGUAAGUAUGAUGCUGCAGCUAUAAUGGAGAGAUGUGUUGAGCUGUUACCGGCGUUAAAGAAUGUGGAGAUUGUGGGGCAAAGGGUCGGGUUGAGGCCUCAUAGAGUACCUGUGAGGGUGGAAUCAGAGGUGGUUAGUGGGUUGAAAGUAGUUCACUGCUAUGGUCAUGGGGGAUAUGGUGUUAUGUGCGCUCCGGGCACUGCAAUGGACGCCGUAGCGAUUGGGUUAGAUCAAUUGAGAUCUAGUGUCAGAAGUAAAAUUUAA